AUGGCAGAUUUAAGUUUGUUGGAAAAUUCUUCAGAUUUAUCGAAAUUAAAGGUUCCCGAUUUAAAAAAGGAGUUAAAACAGCGAGGACUGAGCACUAGCGGCAAUAAAAAUGAACUUAUAGAGAGAUUGCAAAGUGCUGUCAAAUCAAAUGAAUCAAUCAAUCCCGAAUCUGUAGAUGAUCUAGAGGAAGAUUUAUUAAAUGAUGAGGAUGACGACCAUGAAGACGCCAGUGAGUCAGGUAUAUUAGAUAAUGAGUUAGAUGAAGGUUUACCAUCAUUACCUGUAAAGCGUAAGGCCGAUGAAACCUGCAAAACUGAAAUUGCCUCAGAACCACCAAAAAAGGUUGUGUUAAAGAGACUAAGUAGUUCAGAAUUAGAUACAGAGGAAGAAAAAUCUGAACCAGAAAAAGUUGAUCCCGAAGUUAAACCGGAAGAAGAUAAACAUGAGGACAAGAAAGUUAUUAAACUUUCAGAAUUGACAUCUAAAGAGAGGUUAGAAAUGAGAGCAAAGAAAUUCGGAGUAAUUGUCACAAGUCCAGAUGCCAAGAAAGCAGCUAGAGCAGAGAGGUUUGGUACAUCUAAUGCAUCAGCUGAUAGUAUUAAAUCAUCUCAAGUGAAUACGAAAUUAGAUGUUCUAAAACAAAGAGCAGCAAGAUUUGGAGUGUCUGUAUCGUCUGCGAUGUCAAAUUUAGAAAAUAAGGAAAAAUUAGAAAAAAGGAAGCAACGGUUUGGUUCCGACACAGAAGGAAAAUCUUCCAAUGGUGUAUCCGACAGUGAAAAGGCGAAACUUCGUUUAGAACGGUUUAAAGAACCAGUGAAAUAA